AGUUGUUACGCACAAACAAAAUAAUCGAGCAUGAUUAUCUGAUAUGAUACUCAACUCUCUGGAAGUGUUUGAUCAAGAAUCUAGAUUAGAUUAUCUACUAGAUGUUAUCUCCAGAAAAUGGAUUCUCUGUACAUUGUUGCUGGGUCCAUUUUAAAGAAAUCACUAUCCAAAAAGGCGUCAUUGAAAACUUUGAUAUACGAUUCAGGUUUUAAUAAUAUUCCAAAACUAACAGCUCUUACGACUGAACUAGUCAAGAAUAAUGAAUUGCUUCAAGAGAUCUUAUCUCAUUUUGAUGGACAUGGCUUGUUGAGUGAAGAUAUUGUUGAAGGCAAGAAGGAAAUUGCCUUAGCAUUAUUAUAUGAAGAGUUACUGGGUAAUAGAUUUGGAAAAAAUGUAGCUUUACGGAAAGUUAUGCGCAAGCACAAAGCCGAGAUAAAAGCAGCUGUUGAUAAAGUUCUAUCUGCACAUAAUGUUAAAUAUUUGAAAAUGUUAACCAAAAGAGAGAAUUCAAAGGCAGACAUAAAAAUUCCUCGUUACAUGAGGGUGAAUUUGAUUCGCUCAAGUCCAGAUGAUGUUAUUAAACAUCUUCAAGAUGAAGGCUGGGAUUUUGUUGGAAAACUUGAUUUGGAAAAUGCUAUUAGAACAUGGAAUGGGUUGCCUGAGCCAGCCAGGAAAACCAAUGACUUGGCACAGAUUGGGUCAUUGAUUAACAUGUUUAAGGAGCAGGCUUUAUCUCUCAGAGAGGAUCAGUUUGCUUUAGAUCCCUUGCUCUUUGAUGUGUUGGUGUUUCCAGUAGGGACAAUACUAUUUAACCAUGCGUUGACAUUGUCAGGAACACUGGUACAACAAGAUAAGGCAAGCUGUAUUCCUGCUCAUGUCUUGAAGCCACCCAGUGGUUCUGUAGUUCUUGAUUGCUGUGCAGCUCCAGGAAACAAAACAAGUCAUCUAGCCAGUCUCAUGAAGGAUGAUGGAAAAGUUAUUGCCUUGGAUCAGAGUUUGAGCAGAAUGCAGACAAUGUCCCACUUGCUGGAGAAAAUUGAUUCCAAAUGUGUUGAACUCAUCAACCAAGAUUUCCUCACAGUACAGCCUGAUGCAGAAGAUGCUCAAAAAAUUGAGUUUAUUCUUGUUGAUCCAACUUGCAGCAGUUCAGGAAUGUUAGGAGUACAACAAGGAAAAGAUAAUUACAGCACAGACCAAGCUAGAUUGGAAACACUUAGUCGGUUUCAGAUCACUAUCCUGAAGCACGCCCUCAAGUUCCCUAAUGCUAAACGAAUAGUCUACUCCACCUGCUCAAUUCACAAAGAAGAAAAUGAGCAAGUUGUGGAGCAGGUCAUGUCUCAUGUAUCUCAUCACUUCAAGUUCAAGAAAGUGUUUCCAGAACUCAAAAACUGCAGAGGUUUGGAUGGGUUUCCACACUCAAAAUAUUUUCUGCGACUCUCCACUGAAAAUGAUCUUACCCAAGGAUUUUUUGUUGCCUGCUUUCAACGCAGAAAAAAGGUCCUAGAACAAAUUGUUAAGGCAAUCAAAACUGCUGAGCACUGCAAUAAAAACAAAAAGAUAAUUACAGAAACAACAGAUCUUCAAGAAAGUGCUGCAAACAAUGAAUUCUUAACUUCUGACAGUAAAUUAAAGAAGAAAAAGAAGAAAGAAAAACCCUUAGUUUCAGUUGUUCCAUCUCAUGAUAUGAAUGUUGAACUUAAAAAAAGUGAUGUGAAUAGUGAUACAAAAAAGAAAAAGUACAAGAAGCCUCAGUCUUUAAUAUCUGGGGAACAAACAUUGACUGAUGAAGAGAAUAAAAAGAAAUGUGACAAUUUUUCUGAAGACAAAUUGGAAGGAUUCACAGCAACCCUCAAGCGUAAACAUAAACGUUCUCUAGAUUCAGCAGAAACUAAGAGUGAUGGACUUGUAUGUGAGGAAUUGGUACAGAAAAAGAAGAAAAGAAAAAAGGAAAAGCUUGUAUCAUUAGAAGAUUAAUAAAUGGUUGCAAGUCAAGGGAUGGUGUUUGGACAAUAAAUAUGAUGUGUUUAUAAAGUU